AUGCUUGAAGAUCUUCUUGCGUGGGCUCGUUCCAAUGGGAGCGAAAUCUCGUCUUCUGUCUCUUUCCAAAAUGGCGACAGCGGUUUUGGCGCCGUGUGCACAUCUUCAGGGCCCAUUUCCAUCCGUGUCCCCUCGGCUCUUAUAAUCCGACUCGAAACCGCCGUGGAACAUUUGGGACCGGACUUUGGUGAUCUUGCGACGAAAACUAGAAGCAUCAAUGCAGUGAUCAAGAUGUUUUUGGCCCGCGAGCGUGCUCCCGCUCACUUGGCCUGCUCUUUCUUCAAGCCUUACAUUGAAUCGCUUCCCGCAAACAUUAACAGUCCAUACGUUUGGCUGGCCGAAGACCAGAAGUUGCUCGCAGGCACCAAUCUUGGAAGCUCGCUUCGGGAAAAUUUGGCGGAGCUUAUUGAGGAAUGGUGGCUGGUGGUGAGUGUUUUGCCCGAUAGCAUGGAAAAACCAACACAGCACUAUGUGAACAUGAAGUUCUACUAUGAGCACAAGUUUUACACCACAGAAGAUAUGCACAAGUACGUGACCGAUGUGGACGUGGCUAACUGGACGUCUUUUCCCUGCUAUUUGUGGGCGGCCAUGAUCUUCAAGCUGCGGCUGUUCCCAGCUUAUUUGCUCCAGGAGGAAACAGAAAGGAAGAACGAGGGCAAAGACAUUGAGAAAGAGGGAAAAACGGCCGACCAGACAAAAUCCGAGACCACUCCACCCAGCGACAGUGCCAUGCUUGUGCCUGUGGUUGACCUUCUUAACCAUUCGCCAACAGCAAAAGUCACUUGGUCAGGUUCCGGCGGGUUCACUCUUUCCACCGAAGGCGAGGCUGGCCAGGAGAUUUUCAACAACUACGGUCAGAAGGGAAAUGAAGAGCUCUUGUUGGCGUACGGAUUUUGUCUAGAGACUAAUGAAGCCGACUCUGUAGCUCUUCGUAUCAAGGUGCCUCCUUCGAAGUGGGAUGUCUUGAGAGAACAUGUGAAGCUCCCAACUCUCGCUGAUUACACCACACUGGUUGUCCCGGCUGCCUUUGAGGCUCCUACUCCCGAAAAAGAUCUUCUCUUUUUCAUUGGCCGAGACAGAGUUCCGUCCAACUUGGUGGAGACUUUCCAAUGGCUUGUGCAAAACCUGUGGGAGUCGCAAUGCUCUACUCCAACUAUCCGUAUGAAGCUCAGUGGACUAAACCAUUUGCGCCAGGCAAUGGAGGCGAAAAGCGCCCUUUUGGAGCCUUCUCUUCGAGCCAGUGCCACAAGCAGCUCGGAAAACGCCAAAAUGGUGCAUAUAUACGUCCAAGCGCAGAAGAAGCUUCUUGAUGGAGGAGCCAAGAUCGUCAAACGCUUAGAAAAGGCUGAGUUGGCUACGCAUCGUGAUCAUCUUGUCUCUUUGAAGAGUGUUUAUAAGCGAGACCAGCCUUUUGCCCGGUCUUUACUUGUGGCUUUGGGCGUGGCAAGCUUUGACGAUAUUGUGAACCGCCAGCUCCAGGAUCAAGUUUGGCUCUUGUACUUGAUUCGCUGUUUUAACAAGAAGAAGUACCCAGACACUGAAGAGAGCUAUUUGCCAGAGUGGCUUACAAAGAGUUUUGCCCGCAUGGACAAAGAAACAGAAGUGACUGCAGAGGAAGUACUCCAGUUUCGGGAACUCUAUGAGAAUAUAAUUUUACCAAUGAACCAGGCUGCACCUGAAAUCUAUAAUGUGGGAAAAUGGACUGUGCGGGAAUUAAUUGUGAGUACUCGCUUGUUGGAUACCAUAGGGUUCGUAAGGGGACGAGACCAGGAAUGCAUUUUGGUGCAGCAGGAGGAAUGA